AAAUAGAAGUAAGAGGGUGUAUAUCGGCACUUGUUAUAAUUAGAUCUGUAUUCUGUAUGUAGAUAAGAUUAGAUAUAUGUAACAGUAUAUAACAAUGAUAAGUUGAUAUAACUCGCAGUUGAUUGUGCGAUACUCACAUCUGUGAUAUUAUUGUGGCUUGUAAGAUGGCGCCAGAAUUGAAAGCAGUGACAGAUCCAGUCACUUUGGGCGAGGGUCCACACUGGGACCAUGAGGAGCAGGCCCUUUACUUCGUCAGCAUUUUCGACUUCACCAUCAACAAGUACGUUCCCGAGACAGGCAAACACACCAAGGCCAAACUAGAUGGUCAACCAACCUUCAUCAUCCCGAUAGAGGGCAAGAAGCACCACUUCGCCAUCAGUCUUAACCGCAAGGUGGUAGAGAUCGAGUGGAAUGGUGAGGAAAACUCUGCGAAGGUGGUCAGGACCAUCGCCGAGGUUGACCAGGACAACCCUAAGAACAGGUUCAAUGAUGCCAAGGCAGAUCCUAAGGGGAGACUCUUUGCUGGUACAAUGGGUCAUGAAUACGCUCCAGGCAAGUUUGACCUGAAGAAGGGUUCCCUGUACCGCAUAGACCCGGACGGCAGCACCCACAAGCUGGCGACUGACAUUGACAUCUCCAACGGUUUGUGCUGGGACCUGGAAGAGAAGGCUUUCUACUUUGCUGACUCGUUCGAGUACACCAUCCGGAGAUACGAUUAUGAUGUGAAAACUGGCAACAUCUCGAACCCAAGGAAUGUUUUUGCGUACAAGGACCACCAGUUGGAAGGCAUCGUUGAUGGCAUGACCAUCGACACCGACGGUAACCUGUGGGUCGCCAACUUCGACGGCAAUCGGGUACUGAAAAUUGACCCCAAAAAGGGACAACUGCUUGAGAAGAUCCCGAUCCCAGCGCUGCAGGUGACGUCAGCUACCUUUGGAGGGCCAGCGCUGGACGUCCUGUACGUCACCUCGGCCUGCAUGAACAGAGGACAGGAACAGCUUCCACCUGCAGGCUCUACCUUCAAACUCACCGGCCUCAACGCCAAGGGACACCCCAAUAACUAUGUCAGAUUCGAAUAA